UUUAACGUGACACGAGGUGAAGCUGGGACGUUGAAGGGGAACAUGGCAGCUGGAGUGAAGCUCGGCUCAUGGAGCAGCAGAGCCUCGCUGUACAGGAACAUGUCGCCCGGCAGCUUCUGUCGACAACAAGCGGCUGUGACUCAGAUCGUGAGAGCGAAGAGCAGCGCGACGGAGGAUUCACACAACAACCAGGAGUUCUGUCUGCAGCUGGUCCGGUCCAGAGACUAUGAUGGCUUUGUGUCCUCCCUCCUCCUCCCAGAAGAGGCCCGGCGCUCCUCCUUGGCUCUGAGAGCUUUUAAUGUGGAGCUGGCACAGGCAGGUGAAAGAUUCAGUUUCCCAGAAGACCAUUGGUCUGAUGCGGAUGCAGUUCUGGAAGACGGCCAUAGAAGAGAUCUACAGAGAUGAGCCUCCGAAUCAGCCAGUCACCGCAGAGCUGUGGAGGGCAGCGAGGAAACACUACCUGACGAAGAGAUGGCUGCUGAGGAUCGUAACCGACAGAGAAAAGGAUCUGGAUGACAAAGCCUACAGGAACCUUCAGGAGCUGGAGACGUAUUCAGAGAACACACAGUCCUCUUUAAUAUACCUGCUGCUGGAGUGUUUAGGUUUGAAAAACGUCCACGCCGACCACGCAGCCAGUCACAUAGGUAAAGCUCAGGGAAUCGUGACGUGUCUCAGAGCGACUCCUUAUCACAGCAGCCGACGGAAAGUCUACUUGCCCAUGGACAUUUGCAUGUUGCACGGAGCUUCUCAGGAGGACUUCAUCCGUGGCAGCCGGGAGCAGAACGUCCGGGAUGUUGUGUACGACAUCGCCAGUCAGGCUCACGUACAUUUACAACACGCGCGAUCGUUUAGCCGCAACGUUCCAGCAGCGGCCACUCCGGCCUUCCUGCUGACGGUGGUGUUGGAGGAUUACCUGCAGAGAGUGAGGAGGGCAGACUUUGAUAUUUUCCAUCCCAGUCUGCAGAACAGAAACCCCCUCCUCCCCAUCCAGCUCUACUUCCGCUCCUGGAAGAAGACCUACUGACGCUGAUCCUACACCCCCACCUCCCCCCAGAGAUUCCAGGCCCGCUCCUCUGAGAGCUGCUGGUCGUCAUAGUAUUAUGUAGUACAGUAAUACCUCUUCAGACAACCUCACAGGCACAACAUGAAGACAGGCGGACGUCCUCCUUCACACAUUUUAACAUGAGACUCUUCCAAAUUUGCUUCUGUCGUGACGGAGUCGUCGCCUGCUGCGUUUCUGUGAAUCAUAAAAAAAAAAAGCUUUCACCACAAACUCUCGCAGUAUUAUUCUUGUAUCAGAUGAUCAGUCUCACUAAUUUUGAGAGUUUUGUUGUUCAUUUUGUUCUUUAAUCUCUGAUAUGUGGAAUUGUGCGAGAGACACUCGGAGGAGAGGAGCCAAUCGAUGAAUAGAAUCUGAAGAUCAUGAGAUGGAUGGUGAACAUCUGAGUCCACCUGUGGAGGCUCGUCUGGACUCACACUCGUCCCUCUGACUGUUUGUGUGGAAACUCGUCCUCCUGCAGCUGCUGUCAAACCAAACUGAGCCCAGAACGUCUGUGGUUUCACUCACGCACAUGAACCGGAGGAACAAUCGCUGCUCUUCACACUGAGAAUGUGACGUGCGUGUGGAUUAACCCUCAAAUCAAACACAACAUUAAAUCAUCAGUCUGUUGUUUGGCUUCUGGUGACGAUGAAAUAUCUCCAGCGUCUUGAAAUAAAUGGUGAGACAAGUGGAUUUACUUGAUUACAACUUGUCUUGAACUCC